AUGAUUCCUGGUAACCGAAUGCUGAUGGUCAUCCUACUAUGCCAAGUCCUGCUAGGAGGUACUAACCAUGCUUUGAGGAGGAGGAGGGGGGGGGUUUACUUCUCAUCCUGA